UUUUAGGACUCGGUCCUAACGAUGUCAUUCCCUUUAGAAAGAGCACUAGUUUUGCUGGAUGUCCAUGGUAGCCCUACUCAACGCUUCAAUGGAGGCUUAUGAUCCCAGCAGGUUAUCUACACGUGCCAACGCCUUCUCAGUCGAGUCCCUCGUUAAUAGCGAGGAGUUCAACGGCUACACCACGCAACCAGCAGCUUUCGAAACAUGUGCGGGCCCGGGGACCCCACGACAGUACCAGGAAUAUUACUCCCCAGAACAGACCCCCGACCAGCAGCAGCAACAACAACAACAACCCAGCAACCCGACCACAGAGAUAAAGCAGGAACUUCCAACUCAUCCUCUCCUCGCUAACGUAUCCAUCCACCUCGACGCUAAGGACCUCUGGGACCAGUUCCACAUCAUUGGGACGGAAAUGAUCGUGACUAAAGCGGGAAGGAGAAUGUUCCCUACGAUAAAAGUAUCCGUGUUUGGAUUGGACCCUCACACCAAAUAUCAUAUGCUAAUGGAUAUAGCUCCUCUAGAUGACAAGCGUUACAAAUACGCUUAUCACAGUUCGAGAUGGACAGUGGCAGGGAAGGGAGAUCCCCCGGUACCAGGGAGAAACUACGUUCACCCGGACUCCCCUGCUUCCGGAGCUCACUGGAUGAAGCAGACUGUUAGCUUCGACAAGGUCAAACUAACCAACAACGACAUGGAUAAAAACGGACAUAUAGUCCUAAACUCGAUGCACCGCUACCAACCCCGCAUUCACAUCAUGGUAGCCCAAGGACAACACAAACCCACAUCUAUCAACGACGGGCCCGUGAAGACGUUUGUGUUUGAGGAGACUCAGUUUACAGCAGUGACAGCUUAUCAGAACCAGCAGAUAACUAGACUCAAGAUCGAGAGCAAUCCUUUCGCUAAGGGAUUCAGGGACGCUCGAAUGCAGCAUAGGAGCAUGCUGAUGUGGGAGAGCGCAGACCUUUCGGAUUGUGCACCCACCCUUGCUACCUGGCCUCUUAUUAACAGGAACUCGAAUCCAGUUCUGUGCAGAGAGGAAAUGAACCUGCUCCUACAGUCGUACGGUGAGAAUCAGGCCUGUUCCAGAGUCACUACUAAUCCUUACUCCCACGCUCUCACUUCAACUACGAGUACAGGUGGACUCUUGCGGUACCCUAGUGAUCUGAUAAAUAGUGCCGGAUACUUCCACUCUCCUUUAACACCCUCCUUCCCUCACUCCUCCUUUCCUCAGAUAAUUACGUCGGAGAGUGCAGAGUCACCACCAGCCCCUGCAGUCACCCCCUUCCCUUACGAUCCUAACUACCCUUCUGUCUAUCCGGCUCCCUCGUCCCCGUAUUUCGUGCAGACACCCGCUAUGUCGGAGUCAUCCAGUGGGGCUGCACAUUCAAGUAGCGACACUCAGCAAAGACCCGAGUAUUCUCUAAUGUUCCAGUAUCCUGGCAACGGCGGACAAUGAGGUCCCCGCGCCUGCAGCUCCACGUGCAGGCGCGCGCGAUACGUACUGCUAUAUACGUGGGAUACUAUGUAACUCUCAACUGGAAGUUGUUCUUUAGGGAAAUGAUCACCAUGCGCACCUUUAGCCUGGGUGUUUUGGGCUUAAAAAUUAUGAGGCAGAAUCACGUGAUGUAGUGUCACACACGUGACGUCACACUUCGUGGCCUGACGUCAUAUCACGUGACAACAAGCUAAAGAUGUUACAGAAAGUGAGAUAUAAGUGGGUAGAAGUCUCAGUGAAGCUCCAUGACUUCCAGAGCUGUUCAUAUGGGCAUACAAGUCGUGAGAUUGAACCCACGGUAACCAGAACUUAUAAACUGUAACCAUAGCAACCGCCAUGGUAACCAUGGUACAAGAACUCGAGAACCAGAGCGUAGAAGUGUGAGGAUGUUAUUUAAACUUUUUUAUUCUUAAUUAUUUACAAAUGGUCGGUUCUAAC